AUGGACACUACCAAUCCCCAGGCCUGGUCACCAGCCAUAUUGAACUAUGUGAAAGGGUUCACUGCCGAGUUUGAUCAGGUGGAGAACAUCGAGGCCAACAAGCUCAACUCUCCUGCCGCUGCAACUGAUGACCAUACGUCCAAUCGACUCCUGCAGUACCUUGGCUCCGAGGAGGCCAAUGCCAUGGCUCCUGUCGUUUUGGAUACUACACAUCCCAUCUCAGAUUACUUCAUAUCGUCCAGCCACAACACCUACCUGUGGGGUAAUCAACUCUAUGGUAAGGCCAGUACAAAGGCUUAUCAAAAGGUUCUCGAGAGGGGCUGUCGCUGUGUCGAGAUUGACGUCUGGGAUGGAGACGACUCGGACUCUGAAACUUCUGAUUCGUCAGCCGACAGUGACAGUGAUGCUGAGAACCAAAGCGGUAUCAAGAAGCUGAGCAGAAAAUUCAAAGACAAGAUGGGCCUCUCCAAGUCAAAGCCCAAGUCCGAAUCCAAACCAAAGGAGAAACCAGCAUCUGCUUCUCCUUCACCCGAGCUUGAGAGUGUGGGGUCAGCAGGCCUUCGCAGGACUGUGUCCAAAACCGAGCCACGCGUUCUUCACGGAUACACAGCAACCAAGGAGAUAUCCUUCAGAGAUGUCUGUGCCACCAUCCGAGACUACGCUUUUACCACAAGUGAUCUCCCUGUGAUUGUCAGCCUCGAAGUCCACACCUGUCCUGCUCAGCAAGAAAUCAUGGUCGAUAUCAUAAGAGACAUGUGGGCACCAUAUCUGGUCGAUCUGAACGCACUGACUGGUCAUGAGAUUUCUUUGCCAACUUUAGAGUCUUUGCGCAACAAAAUACUCAUUAAGGUUAAGUACACCGCUCCCGAACAAGCGGUCAAGAAGAGUACGGGACCAGCGGUUGCCUCGAACAAUGCGGAACCCGAGUCAGGCUCCGAGGAUGACUCUCAGGAGACUGCUGUCAAGAAGAGUCACAUCAUCACAGCACUCGCUUCCAUGGGCGUCUACACCCGCGGUUGCCAUUUCAAAGACUUUGAUCAGCCGGAGGCCAAGCUUCCAAAUCACAUCUUCUCCUUGUCCGAGUCCAAAAUCAACGAAGUACAUAAGCGUGAUCACUCUGCGUUGUUCAGGCACAACAAGCGCUUCAUGAUGAGAGUUUAUCCUAAAGGCAUUCGUGUAUCCUCGAGCAAUCUGGAUCCUGCACCGUUCUGGCGGAUGGGUGCGCAGAUUGUCGCCCUCAAUUGGCAAUAUAUCAACGCGGCAACCAUGCUCAACCAAGCGAUGUUUCACGCCACGGGCGGUUGGGUACUCAAGCCUGAAGGCUACCGCAGUUUCCACCGAGCUCAAUCUCAAAUUACGGCACUCGACCGCGGAAGACUCGACUUGACGAUCGAGUUGUUGGCUGGUCAAGACAUCGGCCCGGCUGAUAAGAAGCUCCAUCUUUACGUUCGUUCUGAGUUGCAUAUUGAGGACAUGGAGGAGAUCAACGGUGGAUCUCUACCAGAGGGAGGCUCUACCAAGGAAGGCCAAAUCAAAGCUGUCACUGAACUUGGCACGGCUGGCAGAUCUCCUGAUUUUGGGCGCCAACUGCUUCAGUUCAAGGUCGAUGGUGUUGCCGAGGAGCUAACUUUCGUGAGGUUCAAAGUCAUGGACGACGACACCUUCAGCCGCGAUAAUCUGGUAGCGUGGGCGUGCUUCAGACUGUCCAGACUGCAAGCAGGUAUCAGGAAGAUACGUCUGUAUGACUGCGAGGGUCAGCAGACCAACGGGAUGCUGCUUGUACGCAUAAGCAAGAGACUUGAUCUCGAGUGA